ACCCAAGAAGUAGAAACAAAGCCUGAAACUCAUUUGCACAGAAGAAUGUACAUCUUGGUGAUAUUUGCUUUCCUAGGAGAAAUUUCAGGUGAAACUUACUUUUAUUGUCAAGAAAAAGGAAAUCUUACACUUUCAUGUAGUAAAUCAGCUGCAAAUGACAGUAAGAAAAGAGUCUGGUAUGUAGCUGAAAAUUCUCUGGAAACAUUCUGUUUAAUCAACUGUUCUUCUGAGAUCACAGCUGAAUAUAGUUCAGAAGAUACACGACGCUAUUGGGACCUGAAGUGUGUCUCAGAUCAACUGUCAUUUUUUUCCUUGCAAAGAGGAGGAGUAUUUGCCUGUGGAGCGAUUCUAGAUGAGAAAGAAUCAAAGACUCGCCCACUUUUUAGCAACGUGACCCACUGCCGACAUUACAACUUUUUUAUGGUAGUCAUAAUUAACCAAACAGCAGAAAACAAUGUCUUUGUGAAUAGUACUGCAAAAUUAGAGACUGAUCUUACAAUAGAAGAAGGGAAGAACAUCACACUCUCUUGUGGAUUUCAGAUGAGAAAGCCAGAACAAGUGUUUGUCAUGUAUUGGAUCAAAUCUACUGACAGAAGUGAAUGCCUGUUUUCUGUUUCUUAUACUCCUCCUUUGUCUUAUAAUACACACUGCUGUGUUGAUGAGAAGAUCAAGAACCGGGUACUGAACAAUACAGUUUUAGAUGAAAAACACGUGGUAAAUAAUCUGACCAUCUUGAACGUUACUUAUUCUGAUAAUGGGACAUAUUUAUGUGUUGUAAAUGCCUGGUCACAAGGUAAACAUGUAUGGAGGACUGCAAGUAAAGUGUAUCUACAAGGGAGAAAAACACCUACCCCAUCCUCUUAUUACAUGCCAGUGUAUGCUACAACUGGGGUGAUAGUAGGGAUUAUUUUUGUCAUUGGAUUAGCCUGUUUGAUCUCUAAGAAGAAAAUCAAAUUACAAGGCACACCAUCUGCACACCAUGCCAGAGAUCAGGGUGCUAGUGAAGUGCCAGGAGAUGAAUGUUCCCCCUAUGCAAUGAGUUGCAGUAAUGACAUGCAAUGCAAUGAAAUGCCUUAUUCACUUGUAACAAGUUCAUUUGAGGGGCCAAAUGGAGCCUCCACUAUGACAAAUAGCAGCACAGCUUCUGACACAGUGCCAGCCAAUGAAAUACACACUGUCUAUGCACUGGCGAAUAAAUAGCUAUUCAAAUAUGUCAGGACCUCUAAGUGAGAGUAGUAUUUUGACAAAUGAAAUUGCAGAUAGAAUACUCCUAUGACUAAUGAAGGCUGAAUAGGGGCUGUACAUAUGUGCAUUAAUUAACAACUUCGUUCUCUGAGGACUAACCAUCUACAAUCCUCUGACUACUACACACAACUCCAAAUAUGCUUCACAGCUAUGCAGAAGAACUUCAGAGAAAAUUAGAAAUCAUCUACUUCACCUAAUCUACUCCAAAAGAGACCAACUCCGGAAGGAAAUCACCAUAUACUACAACAGCUUAAAAGACAGAAAUGGAAUCAUCUUCCCUAAUAAUAUACAAUGGAUACAAAGAGAUUACGCAACACGUUGUGCAACAUUCAUCCCACAUAUAAAGAAGAAAUGGAACAAAUUACUCCAAGAACAAGUUCCCCAGCCACAAAACAACCAUCAGAGGAACAACACCAACACCUUACAACAUCCCAACC